CUGAACUUUAUUGGUUCCAACUUUCAAGUUAAAGCAAACUUACCCGUUAAGGUGGUGCUUGGCUGCCUAUACUUUUGAUAUAAUCUUUGAAUUAUGAAAAAGAAAACAAUUAGCACCAUAGCAGAGUAGUUGUUAUAAGUUGCUAUCAAUAUCAUGAUCAGGGCCAAAAAUCAUUCAUCCCUAAAAUAAAAAAAGACCCAAGACCUUGAAUUUGAUAUACCACCAUAACAAGCAAGAAGAAGUUAACACAGUUGCGCACUGUGAGAGAAUGGGGGUCGAAGAAAUACCAACUGCGACAGAGGAACAAACGAACCCUGAGAACCCACCAAAUGAUGACGACACCGAGGAAGGCGAGAUCGUCGGAGAGGAGGACUCGUCGAUCAAGAAAUCAGCUGAAAUUCCCCUCCAGCAGCACCCGCUCGAGCACUCUUGGACUUUCUGGUUUGAUAAUCUCUCGGCAAAGUCGAAGCAGGCCGCCUGGGGUAGCUCUAUGCUCUCAAUCUACACCUUUGCGACUGUUGAAGAGUUUUGGAGGUGAAUUUUUAGUGUAUUCGCUUUCUUUCUCAACAUUUCGUGUAUUUUUUGUGUCGGAGUUAUUUAGUGCGAUACGGAAACGAAAUGGAAUGAAAUAAAAUGAACGUUAGCUUUAUGAUUUUGGUGAUCGGAUAAAUCUUCGAUUGAAACGAACUCCACUUUGCUUGGAUGUGUUUUGGUUACUUGAUUCAUGACCAAGAUGAUCUUGUAGUAGGAAAGAAUACUUAUUUAACCUAAUUUGUAUGAAAUUCUAGUUUAGGCUUUUUUUGUACUUUCUUUCCCUUCAAUUUUCUUACAAUAAGGAUCCUUUUGAACGUUAUCGAGAGCGUUUGGAAGAAAGAUGAUUGAAUCUGAUAUUUAAUAUGAGUUGAAAUGAAGAGGCCAAUAUCAAGGGCACCCCUUGGGCGAGGGACAAUGAAAUUCUACCAACGAGAUAUGUUUAGUAUACUUAAGACCAGAUUGCACGCUGAAAGAAGAUCCACAUAGUUGAUCCUAAUUAUUUUCAUGUAGCAGAUUGGGAUUAAGUCCUAAUAACGACACUCUUCCUCAGAUGCUCCCUAACCAUUUGGCACAUUUUCUUAGUACUGAGGAAGACAAAUGUUGUAAUUUUCUUACAUAUCCAUCUCCAGAAUAUAUGAGGCCUUUUGUGCUAUUUUUCUUCAUGCCUUACAAAUAUCAUUAUUUUUGGGAGCAAUGGCUCUUAUUAAAUUCAUAUAAAAUGACUAUAUGCUCUUGCAAGAAUUGGAGUCCAU